AUGACUUCCCAAAUGAAUUACGUGAUCAGUGAACAAUUUUUCAAGGAUCACCCUUCUCUAAAGGUGUUCGAUAUUAUAGACAUGGUGACAAAAUUCUACCAGCACGCCCUGGCCUUGGCAUUUGCUGUGAAUGAGAUCAACCAGGAUCCCCUGAUCUUGCCCAAUGACACACUUGGGUUCCACAUCUAUGACAGCUACUAUGAUGAAAGGAUCACCUAUCGUACCACUCUGGACCUGCUCUUCAAAUCACAUCGAUUUGUCCCCAACUACACAUGUGACACCCAGAAAAAGCUGAUAGCUGUCAUUGGGGGACUUGGUUCUGUAACUUCUUCUCGUAUGGAAGAUCUCUUGGGUUUCUACAAGAUUCCACAGGUGGUUCCACUUUCUCUCUGCAGUCCAUACUGCCAGCCAGGGAAUGAGAAGAAAAAAAGGGAAGGGGAGCCGUUUUGCUGCUAUGGUUGUGUUCCAUGCCCUGAGGGGAAGAUUUCAGACAAAAUCGAUGUGGAUGACUGUUUCAAAUGUCCAGAUCAUCAAUAUGCAAGCAAGAACCAAGUUCAAUGCAUUCCUAAGGCUAUUACGUUUCUAUCUUAUGAAGAAUCUUUAGGGGUCAGUUUAACUUUGGUUGCUAUUUUAUUCUCUCUGAUCACAGCCUGGGUGCUUGGAACUUUUAUUAUGCACAGUGACACCCCCAUCGUCAAAGCCAACAACCGAGACCUCACUUACACUCUCCUCAUCUCCCUCCUGCUUUCUUUCAUCUCUUCUUUGCUAUUCCUUGGCCAACCAGGAAGAGUCACCUGCCUUCUCCGACAACCAACUUUUGGCCUCAUCUUUUCAGUGGCUGUUUCUUCUGUGUUGGCCAAAACCAUCACUGUGGUUGUAGCUUUCGUGGCUACCAGGCCAGGAUCCAACAUGAGAAAGUGGGUAGGAAAAGGAUUGGCCAACUUUCUUGUCCUUUCUUGCUCUCUUUCUCAAGCAACCAUUUGCAUCGUGUGGCUGGCAUCCUUUCCUCCAUUCCCUGAUGUAGACAUGCAGUCAGGAAUUGAAGAAAUCAUUCUCCAAUGUAAUGAAGGGUCAGUUGUCCUGUUUUAUUGUGUCUUUGGCUACAUGGGCCUCUUGGCCAUCACCAGCUUCAUUGUGGCUUUCUUGGCCCGAAAGUUACCUGACAGUUUCAAUGAAGCCAAGUUCAUUACUUUCAGCAUGUUGGUGUUCUGUAGUGUGUGGAUCUCCUUCAUUCCAACUUACUUGAGCACAAGAGGAAAAUACAUGGUGGCUGUGGAGAUCUUCUCCAUCUUGUGCUCCAGUGCUGGAUUAUUGGUUUGCAUCUUUUCCCCUAAGUGCUACAUUAUCCUUCUGAGACCUGAGUUGAAUGACAGAGUACAACUAAUGAGACGGAAGUAUUAA